UUGAACCUACGAGGCUGUGCUAUAAAACCUCAAAACUCGCAAAUUGAUGCAUCGCCCUUCCUAGUUCAUACCAGUACCAUACCACUAAAGCCAACUAAGAUGGAGAAGGAGAUGAAGAAUCAUUCAGUAAUCUCACCAUCAGAAUCUAAGGUGGAAAAGGAAACCGGGAAUCCUUCGAGUGGGAUCGGUGAUGAAAAUGAAACGGACAUGGAAAGGCUCACAGCAAGGAGCAGAAAGGGCGGCCUAAUCACCAUACCGUUUAUCAUAGCAAAUGAGGGAUUUGAGAAGGUGGCAAGCUAUGGGCUGCUGCCGAAUAUGAUACUGUAUAUGAUGAAUGUCUACCAUUUGGGAUUCGCGAAGGCAAACUACAUCCUCUUCCUCUGGUCUGCUGCCACCAACUUCACCCCAAUUAUUGGAGCUUUUCUUGCUGAUUCCUACAUGGGACGUUGUCUCACCAUUAGCCUCGGUUGCAUCAUCAGUCUCCUGGGCAUGAUGCUCCUUUGGUUAACGGCCAUGAUUCCAGGAGCAAAGCCUCCAACUUGCAGCCCGCCCCUGCCCUGUAAAUCAGCCACGCCCGCACAGUUAUUUUUCUUGAUCGCCUCUUUUGGCCUUAUGUCAAUUGGUGCAGGUGGGAUAAGAUCAGCUUCCAUGGCUUUUGGAGCUGAUCAGCUCGAUAAAAGAGAUAAUGCUGGUAAUCAAAGGGCAUUAGAAAGCUAUUUUGGAUUGUACUAUGCUGCUACCACAUUGUCGGUUUUGGUUGCUCUUACGGGCAUUGUUUACAUCCAGGAUCACAUGGGAUGGAAAGUAGGCUUUGGAGUUCCUGUGAUCCUAAUGUUCCUCUCGGCUUUGAUCUUCUUCCUUGCUUCUCCAAUUUACAUUAAAAAGGCAGCUACCACGAGUUUGUUCACUGGAUUUGCACAAGUAAUUGUAGCUGCAUACAGGAAUCGGAAACUUGCCCUCCCUCCUCCGGAAUCGGGAUACUACCAUCACGAAAAGGGUUCAAGUUAUAUCGUCCCAUCCGGGAAACUAAGGUUCUUGAGUAAAGCGUGCGUUCUCCAAAAUCCAGAAGAUGUUACACCAUCUGGAGUUGCUUCAAAUCCGUGGAAUCUUUGUACAGUGCAGCAAGUGGAGGAACUAAAGGCACUGAUUAGAGCUAUCCCAAUAUGGACCACAGGAAUAAUGAUGUCAAUUAACAUAAGCCAAAGCGCUUUCCCUUUGCUUCAAGCCAAUACCAUGGACAGACAUUUGACUUCCAGCUUCGAAAUUCCAGCCGGUUCUUUUGGCGUGUUUAUGAUCAUAACUAUAACUGUUUGGCUCAUUCUAUACGACCGUGUGCUCCUUCCAUUGGCAUCAAAGAUCAGAGGAAAGCCAGUGCGGGUUGGCACAAAAUUAAGGAUGGGAGCUGGCUUAUUCAUGACAGCAAUGGCCAUGGCGGUUUCUGCGAUCGUGGAGCAUAUUCGACGAAGAAAAGCAAUCGAUCAAGGUUUCUUGAAUAAUCCUCGAGGAUUGGUAAACAUGUCAGCUAUGUGGCUUGUGCCACAAAAUGUUGUUGCUGGCUUAGCAGAGGCUUUGAAUGCAAUUGGCCAAUUUGAAUUCUAUUAUACAGAGUUCCCAAAGAGUAUGUCCAGUGUUGCUGCAUCUCUAUUUGGACUAGGAAUGGCUGCGGGAAGCUUGUUGGCUAGCGUUCUCCUCAGUGCUGUGGAUAAAUACACCAAAAGGGAAGGGAAAGAGAGUUGGGUUUCAAACAAUAUCAACAAGGGUCGUUUUGAUUACUACUACUGGCUUCUUGCUAUUAUGAGUUUUAUCAAUUUGCUUUACUAUAUACUCUGUGGUUGGCUCUAUGAACCUUGUGCUGAUCAAGUGAAGAAGGGCGAAGUUGAAGAGAAAGAAAAGGAAUUGGAACAGCGAUCACUGAGACCAGAUUCACCAUUUAGGACUGAUGCCACCGCUUGAGCUGAACAUCGAUACGUCUGGUUUUAAUUCUUUUAUAUAAUACAUCCGUGCGGUGCGGUGCCAUAUAGGAAUGUACGUAUGUACCUAUAUUCUAGAUGUAGUAGAAAUUGUGGCCCUGAUCUUCCAAUUUUUAUUGAGUAUAUUCUUUUGCUCAUUCAAAUGAUAUGAUUCUCUUUAUGUUACUGAAUCCUGAGGAUCCGAGGUAUAAGUACUAGGUAGAGAAGCAGAAUUGGAGUGCCCCGGGACAGUUUCAGAAAAAGUGGGCAGCAUAAUGAUAUAUUUAUCGACUGGUUUUUAUAGGUAUAGUGGAGGAGGACGAGGGAGAAAAAGAUUCGAAGAGCUGCUAGAGAUAAGACUUGCUCAAGUCACUAAACGUUUUCAGUGCCUAAUGUAAAGAUGGGCGUUUGAAAAUUGACAUUGUGAUCAGAAG